AUGAGUGAAGGUGCGGCCGCUGCCUCGCCACCUGGAGCCGCUUCGGCAGCCGCCGCCUCGGCCGAGGAGGGCACCGCGGCGGCUGCGGCGGCGGCAGCGGCGGGCGGGGGCCCGGACGGCGGCGGCGAAGGGGCGGCCGAGCCCCCCCGGGAGUUACGCUGUAGCGACUGCAUCGUGUGGAACCGGCAGCAGACGUGGCUGUGCGUGGUGCCUCUGUUCAUCGGCUUCAUCGGCCUGGGGCUCAGCCUCAUGCUCCUCAAAUGGAUCGUGGUGGGCUCCGUCAAGGAAUACGUGCCCACCGACCUGGUGGACUCCAAGGGGAUGGGCCAGGACCCCUUCUUCCUCUCCAAGCCCAGCUCGUUCCCCAAGGCCAUGGAGACCACCACCACGACCACUUCCACUGCGUCCCCCGCCACCCCCUCCGCCGGCGGCGCCGCCUCUUCCAGGACGCCCAACCGGAUUAGCACCCGCCUGACGACCAUCACGCGGGCGCCCACUCGCUUUCCCGGACACCGGGUGCCCAUCCGGGCCAGCCCGCGCUCCACCACCGCACGAAACACUGCGGCCCCCCCGACGGUCCUGUCCACUACGGCCCCCUUCUUCAGUAGCAGCACGCCGGGCUCCCGACCCCCGGUGCCAGGAACCCCCAGUACCCAGGCAAUGCCCUCCUGGCCCACUGCGGCAUACGCUACCUCCUCCUACCUUCAUGAUUCCACUCCGUCCUGGACCCUGUCUCCCUUUCAGGAUGCGGCCACCCCCUCCUCCUCCUCCUCCUCCUCCUCCUCCUCCUCCUCGUCUUCCUCCUCCUCUGCCACCACCGCGCCAGAAACGAGCACCAGCCCCAAAUUUCGUAAGUGUACACCUGGUCUGAACUCUGAUUUACUACUGAGUUUCCGUUUUGCCCUCCUGCUGUCUUUGCUCCCCGCCGCCUGUCUUCUAGCAUCCUCCACCCUUCAUCCUAUUUCAGGUUUGGAGCAGUGA